GACUCAAGAAGGUCAUAGCACCUUCCUGACAGCUGCAGCUUUUUUCUCAUCUUGAAGAUAACCCUAGAAAGCUCAUAAAAUGUGUGAUGCAUUUGUGGGUACCUGGAAACUUAGCUCCAGUGAAAACUUUGAUGAUUACAUGAAAGAAGUGGGAGUGGGCUUUGCCACUAGGAAAGUGGCUGGCAUGGCCAAACCCAACAUGAUCAUCAGUGUGAAUGGGGAUGUGAUCACCAUUAAAUCAGAAAGCACCUUUAAAAAUACUGAGAUUUCUUUCAGACUGGGUGAAGAAUUUGAUGAAGUUACUGCAGAUGACAGAAAAGUCAAGAGCAUCAUAACCUUAGAUGGGGGUGCCCUGGUACAGGUGCAGAAGUGGGAUGGAAAAUCAACCACCAUAAAGAGAAAACGAGUGGAUGAUAAACUGGUGGUGGAAUGUAUCAUGAAAGGCGUCACCUCUACCAGAAUUUAUGAGAGAGCAUAAACCAAAGAACAUUGAGCUGAAGUUUGCAUCGAACUUUAUGACAGUCUGUUGGAUAUAUUGUCCAAACAUAUAUUGUUAUUUUCUACUAAUUAGCAAGCAACUAAUUUUCCCCCAAACUGAUUUUAUUCAAUGUGGGUAUGUUCAUUAAAUAAAACUUCUUAGAUUUAGAAGGUGAUGUAAUGACUUAUUCUUUGUGUGGGAUAAUUUUUUACUCAUAACCCAAUGAAGGAAAGAGAAAAUUGUAUUUUUGCUUUAUUGCUGGUAUAAUAUGAUUUUUCAUAAUCCAAGGUAAAAAAUAUUCAUGAAUUUUCCAUUUUCUUAGGUAGAUGAUAAAUUUGCUAUUAUUGAAUAUGCAAUCCUUCUGUAGCAUGCCUACAGUCAAGUAACUACCUCAGAAAUAUCUAAGGUAGUUUUGAAUGUAGUGAAGUGGCCCACAGACAGCUGGGCCAAGUCCUGCCAUUUCACACCUACCUAUCCUGGAGCAUUGAGAGGAAGACCAGCAAUACAUGUUGCAGACACUAUUUCUAGAAUAUAAUUUUUAAUCUGAAAAAUUAUUGGUAAACCAAGCUAUCUCUGGAAUCUCUCAAAGAUUAAGUGCAAAUAAUCCCAUAAUGUUCUUUCCAUAAAAGACAUGACAACUUUGUAAUGAGUAAUGAUGCAAAUGUUCUUAUAGUGGUUUCCAAAUCUUUCUUUUUCCUCCUAGUGGAACUUUUUUAUUAAAUGAAGUAUUGAAUA